AUGACAACCUUCUUUGGAUCCCCAACACUUGUACCUCGCCCCGCUACAAGAACCAACCACCUCUCCUCAUCCUCACAGCCGCCGCCGUCUCAGCCACCAAACCAAGCCUCACCACCGCAAGCUCCUCCUCCUCCUCAGCCGCCGCAACAGUUGAGCUCAGCUUCUGCAGAGCCACCAUUGGCGGCCAAGCCAGACCAAUUAAAGCCUAGCAGCAAGCCUCAACGCUCAACAACUGUGGAAUCCACCGAUUGGAUUGCCUCUAGCUUGACUAGGAGGUUUGGGCUCGGCGCCGGCCUUGCUUGGGCCGGAUUCUUGGCCUUUGGAGUCAUUUCUAAGCAGAUCAAGACUAGACUUGAAGUGUCUCAACAAGAAGCAAAUACAAGAGACGUUGAGAAGGAAGAAGAAGUGGUCUUGCCUAAUGAAGGUGAGCAAGGGUUCUUCUUCGGAUUGGCAACUGCACCAGCACAUGUGGAAGACAGCCUUAAUGAUGCUUGGCUCCAGUUUGCUGAAGAGACUCCUUGUGAACAAUCAAAAUCAAAUAAUGAAUCCCAACUAGCAGAUGCACUAUUGGCCUCUGCUACAGGUGAUGGUGGCACCCAACAAGCUUCAGUACUACCAAGAGCAACUUCUCAGACCAUAAAAAGAAGGAAGUCACUUAAGAUAGCUGUGGAGGCAAAAAUUAGAGGAUUUGAGAAGUACAUAGAAGUAGAAGAAUCUGUGCCUGCAGAGGCAUGUCAUCAUACUGUUGCUGCCUGGCAUAAUGUUCCACACCCGGAGGAAAGGCUAAGGUUUUGGUCUGAUCCUGACACAGAAUUGAAGCUGGCAAAGGAUACUGGAGUCCAAGUGUUUAGCAUGGGAAUUGAUUGGUCAAGAGUUAUGCUUGAAGAGCCCAAGAAUGGUCUGAAAGAAUCUGUUAACUAUGCAGCUUUGGAGAGAUAUAAAUGGAUUGUAAAUAGGGUGCGAUUUUAUGGGAUGAAGGUAAUGCUGACAUUAUUCCAUCACUCGCUUCCACCAUGGGCUGGAGAAUAUGGGGGGUGGAAGAUGGAAAAGACCAUUGACUACUUCUUGGAAUUUACCAGGCUUGUCGUUGACUCUGUAUCAGAUGUUGUGGACUACUGGGUAACAUUCAAUGAGCCUCAUGUGUUCUGUAUGCUCACUUAUUGUGCUGGUGCUUGGCCUGGUGGUAAUCCUGAUAUGCUGGAGGUUGCUACUUCUGCUUUACCCACUGGUGUUUUCAAUCAAGCCAUGCACUGGAUGGCAAUUGCACACUCAAAGGCCUACGAUUACAUCCAUGAAAGGAGGUUAACAGCUUUUCUUCUAUCAUAUUGGUAUGACAUGGAAUGAGAGAGAACAGCUUCCCCCGGUAUACUAGGACCAAUAAAGAACAAGCCUCUGUUACUGGAAAGUGGAACCUUGCUUUGUGGAUCUUUUGUUGAGAGUUGGAAUUCAUGGGGAGCAUGGAUGGAGAGAAAACAAAGGUCUUAGCAAACACUUGGAGACAUGAAUUUCAAGCUGGUGUUGGAUGCUGUGCAGAAAGUAUUAGGGAUGAAAGAGCAUUCUGUGCUGAAGGACCCUGUGCGAAGACGAAUUCUGGGGGAAACCGGACCACAUUGCAGCAGUAGAGGAGGUUGAGCGCGCUAUUCUUAAGGAAACAA